AUGCCCCUGGAAGCACGGGUCGACACUCCGCUCGAUGCGCCUCUGAAGCACGACUCACACUCUCACAAACAGGCCAUUGAAGAAUUCAAUCGGGCCAGCGACCGUUCGUUGUUGCCAGGAUGGACGCACAACAAGCUUAGUGAUGCGAAAUCUUUGUCUGAGGACGGAACCGCAACAUGGAAAUUGCUACAAGGUUUAGAACGGAGGGCUCCAGCCUGCGGGGAAAGCAGGUCGACGACACUUCCCUCGACCGAGGAAGAGCUUCGAUCGGCUAUCAAAGCUCUGAAGUCUUCGACCAAGGCGAUUGAGCGCCGGACGCGGGUUUUCCGCGCACAAAAUGCUCAUUUAAAGCACCUCGGGGAGGCUGAAGACGCGAUCAAUGCCCGAAAGGCCAGACAAGAACAGUACCUCGACCAGAAACGAGCCGCUGAGGUGCAGCAUGUCAAGUUUGCUAAUGAGCAACUCCUCGAAGCUCUGAGGUCAACGCUGCGAGCCGAAGUCGGUCGUGUUGCCAAAGACGUCAGAUCAGCUCUUGCGACUGUUACAGAGCUCUUGAAUUCGGACGACCGCGUGCUGUCCGAGCUCGAUGACUUCUCAUCCUCCAGCGUGAAGGUGGAGUGCCAGACAGACCUCGACGCGUUGGCUGAGCGAGUGAGCAGACUGACAGGCGCCUUGCGGCAUUUUCGUGCCCAGACAGUUAAAGAUCGUCUUGACUGUGCCUAUCUGGAAUCACUCAGUGCUGCAGACAUCGUCCCUAGUGCGCAGGAUGUGACUGACGGUACGACGGACGCUGUUCAAGGAGAUCUGAAUUCUCUCUACUCGGAGAUCGAUGAUGUUGUAGGAAUUGUUGUGGCUCAGGAGCAUGGAAAUGCACUUCACGCAGCUCUCCAGAGUGUUCGACGGGCGCGGAAGCAAGAUGAGAGGAAACUCAAUGAAAAGGUCUACCGGCAACUUUGCUCCCUCACAGAAGCCGCGGUCAAUCUCUCGAAGCGGCUGGAAAGCCUGCAAUCUCGACGACGGGGCUUACACGAAUUGGAUGGGCAACUUCUGCAUCUCGAAAAUACUGCUCGCUCUCAUACAAAACCGGCGACCAUCGACCACCCAGGAGCAGAGUCAGAAGACCACAUCGGUCCUGCGGCACAAGCUCUAAGUCAACAUCUUGGGCUCAGUUUGGACGUCGGGGAUCGAAAGGUAUCUGAUAUCACGGCCGCCACAAGACAACUCGACGACCUCACACUGAGUUGGGACUGUCAAUCAGCAGGGAACGUUCUGCGACUCCUUGAACUAUCAGACGAAGCGGCUAUCAGGCGACGUGCUGCAGUCCAAUGUGUUUCGGAAGCCCUAGCGUCGAACGAUUCAUACGAGCGUGAUGCCCGUGAGCUGGAGGAAAUGAUUGCAGCUGCAAGGACGGAAAUGGAGCGAGGAGUUACCUGA